UGUUUCAGGUUUCAUAUUGGAGGGUGUUUAGCACAUUUUUGUUCAAAACAUUGGUUUAUUAAGGUGGGUUUCAUGGGUUGAACUCGAGGAAUCAUGGGUAGCUUCAGUGACGACGAUGAAGAAUAUCGGUUCUUCGAUGCCUGCGCCGAUUUGGAUUCCGAUUGUAUGCGGUGUCCCGAGUCUAGCUGCUUAGUUGAUUAUUGUGUCUACAGUAGUUUUGACUGUGAUGUGUGGAUUAGGAGUCCUAGAAGUAUUCAAGAACGCCGUAGUAAAUUCUUCCAAUGGUUUGGAUUGGACUUAGAUAUGACUACCGCAGACAAUUCGGUAUAUGUAAAUGGCGAUGUAUUUAAAGGAGAAACGGAGAGAAUUAUAGAGAGUAGUGGGGCUGUGUUAAGAACCUCAAUUUUUAGAAAUGAAUUUUCCUGUAAUCAAUCUUCUGUGUCCAGUUGGUCCAGUGAUGUUUUGGAUUUGUCAAGAGGAUCGGGCUCAAAUGAGGGUUUUAUUUGCAGAAGUGGGGAUUCUAAUGGUGCGAUGGAGUGUAAUCUAGGUGAAUUGGGGCAGGCUGGUAAGCUUGGUAAAGCUCAAGUAGUGGGUGUGAAUCAGUUGGUGACAGCUGAAGGGCUUGAGAACUCUUCUGGGUCAUCUUGCUCAGUUCAGCAUGCUGUUCAGAGAGAAAUUGGGGUUGAUAGCAAUUUGUCAAGGACAAUGAACCGUUCGAAGAGCGGGUGGCUGAGUAGAUUACUUUCCAUGGCGUGCAUUGUGGACGAACAUGGGAAAUCUGAUUAUGGCUCUGACCAAAACCAAGGGCAUGGAGUGCAGAGAGUUAGGGUUCACCAUAGCAAGAAGCAGUCGAAAGAACUCUCAGCUCUCUUUCUAGGUCAAGAUAUUCAGGCCCAUGAGGGCUCAAUUAUUGCUAUGAAAUUUAGCUUUGAUGGGCAGUUCCUUGCCAGUGCUGGUGAAGACAGAAUUGUGCGUGUAUGGCAAGUUGUUGAAGAUGAGAGAUCAAAUGAAACUGACAUUCUUGAUAUAGACCCAUCGUGUGUAUACUUCACGGUGAAUACUCUUUCUGAAUUGGCACCCCUCGUGCCAGAGAAAGAGAAAAUAAGCAAAUUGAAGAACCUAAGAAAAACAGCAGACUCAGCCUGUGUCAUCUUUCCUCCUAAAGUCUUCCGACUGUUGGAGAAACCAAUCCAUGAGUUCCACGGACAUGGUGCAGAGAUCUUGGAUCUCUCUUGGUCGACGAAUAAUUAUCUGAUUUCAUCUUCCACUGAUAAAACUGUUCGGUUGUGGCGAGUAGGAUGUGAACACUGCCUUAGAGUCUUUUCUCACAGUAAUUAUGUGACCUGUGUUCAGUUUGACCCUGUGGAUGAAAAUCACUUCAUCAGCGGUUCCAUAGAUGGAAAAGUUCGCAUUUGGGCAAUUGACCGUUGUCAAGUUGUUGAUUGGACUGCUAUAAGAGAUAUAGUCACCGCCAUUGGUUAUCGUCCUGAUGGCCAGGGUGGAAUUAUUGGAACAUUGACAGGCAAUUGCCGCCUUUUCAAUUUAACAGGUAACCCCAACUCCCCUUAUAAUCACUUCCAACUGGAAGCUCUGGCGUGCUUAAACAGUAAAAGGAAGUCCCAGGGCAAAAGGAUAAUUGGCUUUGAGUUCUUCCCACAAGACUCGAGUAAAGUAAUGGUCACUUCCGCUGAUUCACAAGUCAGAAUUCUUUACGGGGUCAAUGUAAUUGGCAAAUACAGGGGCCCAAGAAAUGCAGGAAACCAGAUCUCUGCAUUUUUCACCUCAGAUGGGAAGCACGUAGUCUCAGCAUGCAAGGAUUCUAAUGUCUACGUAUGGAACUGCAUUAGUCAGGAAGAAUCUUCUCUGUCUCAACAAAAAACCAUCAAGUCAUUUGAGUGCUUCACGACCGAUGCCUCAGUUGCAAUACCUUGGCCUGGCUUAAAAUCACGCAAGUUGGACAAUGGAUUGCAAUUGCGUGCCUUAGACGACAAUUUACCCAAAAUGUUACCUUUGUCGUCUUCCCCUUGUUUCACUUUGGGCCAAGAGUUCCUUCUUGAGCCAAUGACCAAAGGAUCUGCAACUUGGCCUGAGGAAAAGCUUCCCUCGUCAAGCCAACAACCUGUGUUAUCUACAGUGUGUAAAUCUGAGUACAAGUUUUUGAAAACUUCUUGCCAGAGCUCAUCCAAUUCUCAUGCAUGGGGUCUGUACUUCUUUGAAAUGAGACUGGAGAGGAGGUCCUUGGAAAUUAGAGAUGACUCUUCUUGGGUCAGGUAUCUUACUGCAUCUAAUGCUGCAAUCCAUUGUUGCUUGGGCUGGAAUCAAAACUGCAAAUGGAUUGCCCGUUAUGACAGGUGGCAGCAGUUGGAUAGGCGUGAUGUAAUAGCGGCCAGUGAUCAACGAACAGCUGAGGUUGAGAUGUAUUUUCAAGACAUCUGCAUCUGGGACAGCCCAGUCUAA